UCAAUACCACUAUUUUUAUUAUUUAUUUCCUUUCAUUUUCCCAACCACUUACUUUCAAUUUUCCAACCAUUUCCUUCACCCUUCGCCACCAUUGCCCCCUUUGACACUCCCUCUCCGCCAUUGCUAACCACUACUCUCCUCCUCUCCUAUCUCCCCCUCCCCCAAUUCUCUCCUGCAAAUUCAACUUCAACGAAUAUAGGUUCAUUUUCCCGGAAAAUCCCCGGACUUUUUCAUCUGGGACUAUUUGUUCGGCCAGUGUAACCAAACUCUCCCUCUAUGCUCCGCGGCACCGCCAAUCCUCUCCAACGCAUUCAAAUUCAAGGAUAUGGCUUCCCUUUCCUGGGAAAUUCCGGGGAGUUUUUGGUCUGAAGACUUUCUGUUGGGUGAGUGUUGACUUGAGUUGACCCACAAAGUGCCUGUGCGUGAGAGGGUGGUUGAUGAAGAGUUUGGGGUGCUAGCUGCGGAGAGGUGGCGGUUAUGGAGCCGGGGGUCUUCGGUUCGGUUUUUGUUUCCUUGAUUAUAGUAUUCUCUGCGUUUCUGAGGGUCUCUGGUAAUUCCGAAGGUGAUGCUUUGAAUGCGUUGAAGUCAAAUUUAGAAGAUCCUAACAAUGUUUUGCAAAGUUGGAAUGCUACCCUUGUCAAUCCUUGCAAAUGGUUUCAUGUUACACGCAACAGUCACAAUAGUGUUACAAGAGUUGAUCUUGUAAAUGCAAAUUUAUCCGGUCAACUGGUUCCACAGCUUGGUCAGCUUACAAAUUUGCAAUAUCUGGAACUUCAUAAUAAUAAUAUAAGUGGAAAAAUACCAAAGGAGCUUGGGAAUUUGACGAACUUGGUGAGCUUGGAUCUUUCAAUGAACAAUUUAAAUGGUACAAUUCCGGACACAUUGGGCAAGCUUACAAAACUACGUUUCCUGCGGCUUAACAACAAUGCCUUGACAGGAACUAUUCCAAUGUCUUUAACUGCUGUUAUAACACUGCAAGUCCUGGAUCUGUCGAACAAUCACCUAAGAGGAGAUGUACCAGUAAACGGCUCGUUUUCAUUAUUUACUUCUAGCAGUUUUAACAAUAAUGACCUAAACCAAAUUCCACUUGUUCCACCUCCACCAAUUUCUCCAACACCAAUAACUUCUUCGGAAAACAGUGCCACUGGAGCUAUUGCUGGAGGAGUUGCUGCUGGUGCUGCACUUCUGUUUGCUGCCCUUGCAAUAGUGCUUGCUGGAGGAUUUUUAUAGUUUGAGUUUAUAACUUAGUGGUGCAUCCUUUUAUUUACUUCUUUGAACUCUUUUGAGUCUUUUUUGAUAUUUGUUUGGUGUUGGGGAUUUCAGCUAUGGCUUCUAGUUUAUAAUAUUGGGGGUGGUUAUUCAGAGAUUACAAGUAGGUGAAUUUGUUCCAUACUUUCCCUCACAGAAAUCCAAUGAUCUAUUUCAACCUUGACGUCAUUCAAGUGCUUAAAAUAAUGUUGUUACAAUUACAAGUUAAAGUGAUGCACAACUCAGAGACCUCUCAGACUCCUGUUCUUGUAUUGAUUUUAGUGAAAGACUUUAGAUGGCAAA